GCAGGCGCGGGGGGCGGGGCGGCGCAUGCGCAGGUUGGAGGAGGCUCCAUGUCGCGACGGGCCCUGCGGCGGCUGCGGGGCGAGCAGCGGGGUCAGGAGCUGCUGGGCCUGGGCCACCUGGGCCUGGAGCCUGGCCCGGAGGGGCCGCCGCCAUCCGCUGCCACCGGGAGGGGACGCCGCGGGCCGGCUCGCACCGGUGUCAGCAACCGCUUCGAGCUGAUCCCUGCGGAGGAGUCGGAGGAUGAGCCGCCAUCCAGCGAGGAGCGAGCGGACGCUUGGCUCCGCGAACGGGAUGCGACAGAAGGGAACAGCGAGGUGGCUGUGGCUGAAGAGACUGAAGGCGACGGGCACAGAGACGGGGAGGAGGCAGAGCAGCCGGACCAAAUGCCUUCGUUGAGUAACAAGCCACGAAAGAAAAAAAAGAAAAGGAAAACCAGGAAAACUUCAGCAGAGGAGACUCUGGAAGACAAUGACCUGGAAGACAUCGAUGGGCUGCUGGAGAAGCCUGAGGACACUAACGGGCUGUCACAGAACAGCCAGAGCGGGGUGAUUUCUGACAGCAGGCCUCUGCUCUACGUGGAGCACAGAAACUUGAAUCCAGAGAAUGAGUUGAAGAGAUACUUUGGAGCUCGCGCUGUUCUUGGUGAUCAGAGGCCAAGGCAGCGGCAGCACCAGCACAUCCGCAGCACGUGGCUGACGACUCCCAAGAACACCUGGCCACGCUACAGUAGGACAGGUAUGUCCAUGGAGCUACUGGAGACCAGGCGGGGAGUGCAAUACUUUGCCUUCAAGCACCAUCACAAGUACCAGCAACUGCAGUUCAAGUUCCUGGAGGCUGUCGAGUCAAUGAACCUCAACAACAUUGUGAUGCUGCUCGAGGCGCUGGACCCAUAUCACGUGGACUCGCUCCUGCAGCUCAGUGACGUGUGCCGCAUGCGGGAGGACCACGAAAUGGCCCGGGAUUUCAUAGAGCAGGCGCUCUACAGCAUGGAGUGCACCUUCCACCCCGUCUUCAGCCUCACCAGCGGGACCUGCAGGCUGGAUUACCGCCGGCCGGAGAACAGGUCCUUCUUCCUGGCUCUCUUCAAGCACCUGAUGUUCCUGGAGAAGAGAGGUUGUCCCCGGACAGCCCUGGAGUUCUGCAAGCUAAUCCUGAGCCUCGAUCCAGACAAUGACCCGCUGUGUAUGCUGCUGAUGAUCGAUUUUCUGUCCCUCCGAGCCAGAGAAUACACCUUCCUGACCCGCAUGUUCCAGGAGUGGGAGAGUCACCGGAAUUUGUCCCAGCUGCCCAAUUUUGCCUUCUCGGUGCCACUGGCCUAUUUCUUCCUGAGCCAACAGGAGGAGCGCUCGGAGCUGGAGCUCAGCCAGGCCCAGGAGAGAGCCGCCCAGCUCAUCCAGCUAGCCUUGAUCAUGUUCCCAAGCGUUCUGAUGCCGUUGCUGGAUCACUGUGGCGUGCAGCCUGACAGCAGGGUCACGUCCCAUUCCUUUUUUGGGCUGAAUGCUCAGAUAAGCCAGCUCCCGGCCCUGACCCAGCUGACGUCCCUCUAUGUGGAACGGACCCACUCACUGUGGAAGGACCCAGCUGUCAUGGCGUGGCUGGAGACCCACGUCCACGAGGUGCUGCGCAAGGUGGACGCCCAGGACCCGCUGGUGCAGGAGGCAGAGCACAAGAGGAAGACGCGGUACCAGAGCGCACCCAGGAACAUCUACCGGCACAUCGUCCUGUCGGAGGUGAAGGAGGCCAUGGCAGCGCUGCCGCUGGAGGUGACCUCGCAGCCAGUGAUGGGACAUGACCCCCUGCCCCCUCUGGACUCCAUCAUCUCCUACACCAGACCAGAAAGGUAUGUGCUGUCGGCUGCUGCAGGCAGAUUGGAGCACACGCUGCUGUCGGUGCACUGUUUUUCCCGCAAAGGGAGCGGCUCUUGGCGUGUGCAGCGUGGCAACGUCAGGUUGCAGAGCAGGCUGCUGCUUUUUGGUGAGCGGCGUUGUCCCUCCCUGCGGUGCAGGCAGCUGCCCGCCCACCCCAGCACUGCUGUCUUGCAGGAGGACAUCAGGCACGACGGGGAAGAGGAGGCUGGAGCGGGGCAGGACCUCAACCAGGGGGUGAACAGGCUCAUGGCAGCCAUGCGGGACAUGCUGGUGAACAUCCAGUUCCAGGAGCCCCCCCGAGAUGACAAUCCUGAAGGCGACGGGGACUGGGACUGAGCCAAGAGCAUGUGUCUUCCCCCCACCCUCCCCAUACCCUCUGUAAUCACCCCCUGACUUGUGUCACCCCCCAAUAAAGUCACACAAACCUCA